UUGGAAGAUUUUAACAAGGAAUUGAGGUGUAAAGUAAUUAGAAUGGCAGAUAAUCCUCUAUGGUGAGGACUAACAUGGAGGAAAACUGAGCAGAUAAUUGUGUCAAGUACCUCUGACAUGUUCUAAUUGUGCUCCAGUUGUUGGCUGGUGAUUGUUAGGUUACUUAAUGGUGUUGUGUAACACUGGAUCCAUACCUACUUAAGCAUCUGCCUCUUGUUUUCUUGCGCUUCCCUGCUUUUUUUUCUUCUUCCCAUUCUACCAUUCAACACACUCCUAAACCCUUGACCUUGCCCUUCGUUUUGGCAAUUCCCCCUUCGGGCGGUUUUUACUCAGUUUCAAUCUCUGCACUGCUUCCACGUGUAUUCCGCAGCCUCUCCCAUGUUGUAGUCGGCCGCUGUGCUCCCAUUGGCUGUUUCUACGGUUACUUAAAGCAAUGCACAAGCAACAUUGGUUGAUGUGGGCCAUGCUGAAAGUGUGUGCAUCAGACCGGGUUUAGCUGUUAGCGGUGUUGAAGCGUAUUUUGUAUGUUAACAAUAUACUGUUGUUUGAUGACUCUGCAACAAUAUGCUUAUGUUAUAUUGAUAUUUAUUUGGUAAAUGAACAGGCAGUCUUCCGUUGCCCAGGGUUAGGUUUCAUUGUCACCUCCAUGUGUAUUUAUUCCACUUCCUGCAUCUCUCCAGGUCACUUUGUGUGCAUGAGUGAUAGGAAUAAAUGAUCUGACUGCCUUGUGGAGAUGUCGUUUGGCGCCACCUGUUGGUUUGCAUGUAUAAAUCUCAAUAGGGAAGGAAUAAUACUCCCAAUAAUAAAUGGAGCUUUUAAGACCACUACAAUACUUUUUUUCCCUCCCUCAACUCUUGAGUGCUGCAGUGCCGACCGUGCUGCGCUGUAAUUGGCUGCAGCGCACUGGCAAGGAACAACCUGUCCUAUUUGUAAUAGCACGAGGGUCUGGGCUGACCACAGGGACCACAUGAAGUCUGACUGCUUUCGUAAGACCUCACUGCAGAGGCGUUUUUUGGCUCCUGUCUUUCAUUUGCCUCUCAUCAUUCCUCCUCUGCAUCCUUCCUACAUGUCAUAUGGCCAAAUUAUUCGAAAAACUGCUGAGCCACACACACACCUCCUUCUUUUCCUCUUAUCUUCGUUUAGUGUCCCAUAAAACGCAGCAUCUUGUCUGAGUUUCUCCAGUGUGCUUUUAUUCAACAGUCACAGUGCGGCAGGCAUGCUGUUACGUCAUUGUUACAGUUUCACCAGACAUCAUACAUUGUGUCAAAGGUUGUCCUCGGAAGAGUGCGCUCAAAAAAAGUCAAGGAGGGCAUUUAAUUGAUGUGAAUUGUAAAUAAUUUUCAUGUGUUUAUGCACACAACUUGAUUAGUUGUUGUCUGAAUGAGAUAACAUUUUUGCUUUUUAAUGUGGAACCUGUUUACAUUACAUUUAAUGUACAUUUAAUUCAAGUCAAUGUUUCAAAAAAAGGGAUGGAUAAUAAUACAUAUUGAAAUAAGAAUAGCUGUACAACAAUAACAAAAUAGAAAAAUAAAAAGUAAAAAAAAAUUAGAUCUUCAUAAACACAGACAAAAUAUUUUAUGGGAGAAAGAUGGCAUUUUUCCUCCCACGUUUUAGUAGUCGUUUCAAUAUUAAUGGGAUUAUUAUAAUACAUAUUGAAAUAAAAAUAACUGUACAACAAUAACAAAAUAGAAAAAAAAUAAAAAAUUAGAUCUUCAUAAACACAGACAAAAUAUUUUUUUGGAGAAAGAUGGCAUUUUUCCUCCCAUGUUUUAGUAGUCGUUUCAACAUGAAAAGGAAUGUUAUGUAAUAUUGUUUCCAUGACACAGGCAAGCAGAUACUGAUAUGCUAGCCAGUGGAGAUGAAUCAUGACAAACUCUAGCAUGUGAUGCUUUAGUUUUCUAUUUUCGUGUGUGUGUGUGUGUGUACUGUGUAUACGAUCAUCCUCCUCGUCCUCCCCCUCAGCAGUACUGACAUACUGGCCUACUAACGGUUCCAGCUCACCUCCCCUGCUCGCCGUCUCUCCAUCACACUCAAAUAUGUCUUCUGUUUUCCAGUUGUCUCAGGCAUUUGUUAUUAAAGGGGACCUUUAAUAACUAUAAUUGUGCUUUUUUUCACUAUUCUGACCUAUAAAUGUAGUUAGAAUGUUGUAUUCUCGUGUUAUACAAUGCCAAAGUUUCAGAUAAUGAGGUUUGCGCAUUUGGAAGUGAGCCCUGAAAGAAGUUUGGGAUGGCCCAAAAUGCUCAAUUUCAAAAGGCGUGGUAAAACUGCAUCUUUUGUGAUGUCACGGAGGGUUCGGAUUUCCUUAUAUGGGCGUGUCUGUAAGCAGACAAGGUCUCUGUCCUCCCUCCCUCAAGCUCUGCUCCUCUGUUUACUUGCUAGCAAAGCCACAUUUGUUUACAAUUCCUAACGACGUCACCAUCAGGUACAAGUGGUUGGAGUUCCUGAUUCCCUACCAGCAAAAGAAAUGUAUUUUAAUCGUCAUCGGUAUUUCACACUGGACUGUUUAGUAAACAUGGACCAGUAUGCAGCUGGAUUAGCAAAUGCCUUUCCAACAUUACUUGGUCGUGUGGAAGAGUCAGAAGAGCAAGCAGUAAGUAACAGUUUAUCAGUGUCCUAAAUGUGUUUAUUUUGUGUAAGUCAAAAGCGCUCACAUCCAGGGAGCGACGUUGCAAAUUAAACAUUUCCCACCACAAUUAGUGGCCACAUACGCUAAAAUGCUAAAGCUACUUGCCAUUGAGAGACAUCUUGAAGUAACCUCUUUUCUUGAAAAACUUCAGACUGUCUAGUCUCUACUUCCAGAUCGGAUUCGGGAUCCGACAUGUAUAUCAGAUCUUAAAUCAGAUAAAUUGGCGUUUAUUAUCAACUCCUAUACCGUUCGCAGCUAGCGGCACAAACCAGAACUCCUUUUAAGUACUUGCAAGUGUGACCAACCACAGCGGAGUGGGCACAUCUGGAGGCAGGACAUGUGUGGAAUACAUUAAAACAGAUCAUUUUCGAGGGAACCACGAAAUUCAACGAAAUACAGCUGAAUAGGUGCAGAUUCUGGAAGAACUAUAAAGCUUUGUGUGUUGGUUAUUGUGUGUAGCUGCUCUAUAAGAGUCCACAACUCGAUACAAAGGGCUGAUAAUAGGUCCCCUUUAAGGCACUGCUGUGUUUUGUCUUCAUGUGUACGACCCCCCGCCGCAGACGGUUUUGUAACUCACCUGCUUCAACAGUAAUAAAGCGGCUUUAAUAGCGCUUUCAGUACAGGCUGUUAUAUAAGUUGUGUGUGUGUGUGUGCGCUAUGGCUUCAUGCACAGAGCACUUUGAGUUUUUCUUUUUGGCUUUUUAAGCCAAGUUGUGUAAUCCAUUUGCUUAUGUUGUUACGUCAAAGAAGAACACUAUUUUACAUUUUGGGGUUUUUCCAAAUAGGAGUGCGUACUUGCAGACCUCCCCCAAGGAAUAACAUUGAAGCCAAUCAUAUAUUUCCGUGGAUAUGCUGCACAUAAAGGGUGUGACUCAUUACUGAUUUACCAUAUGAUGUUAUUAUUAUGCAAUAUUUUUCCAACUACCGUGAUUAUGUCACAAUCAAGAUAAAAGGAAAAAAUCUACAAUAUUUAUGUAAAGGAGGAUGGCAAAAGCUGUAGAGAUGCUUAUGGAACCUUCAGGUAAGGCUCCCGUUUUCCUCUCAGCUAUUAGCGAUAGACUCCAAAGUCAAAAACUGUUAACACAACUGAUUACACAAUUCACAUCAAACAUAGCAUAAUUCAUAAUGUGAUGACUUUCAAAGGUUGUUGGACUUUAAUAAAGGAUAUUUUAGCAGUCGUCGUAUGAAUAAAACAUGUUGUCAAUGCAGUUUUUAACAGGAUAUACAGGAGGAGAUCACAUUACCUGAAAAAGUCCAGAUUGAUACAUAUCAAUAUCGAUGGCUGCUAUUGGGGUACAAUACUGUUAAAUAAUGAAUAAAAUGUAAAAAGCAGCGACUGUACACUGCAGUCGCUGCGUUUACUGUGAAAUGCGAUGGAUCCACGAGCCAGCGCCACAGAAAUGAAUCCAUUCCAUGACUAGUUAUUCAUGAUAACAUCAUUGGAGGAAAUAAAUAGGAACGCCGUGUUCUUUUUGAACGGGUAAUGCAAACAGUCAAGUGGUUGUCAUAGUUACAUAGCAACAACCUUUAAAUUAAUAUUACUCACAAUCAGGCAUGUGCCGAUUACCGAUCAAGGUAUAGUCGCAAUUUUCAAAACCAAUAAAAUUGUGCGUCAUACGAUAUGAGAGAAAGCGGAGGUCCAACUUUGUCAUAACCUGUAUUAGUCUUCGCAGUCGGAGCUGAGCUUCGAUGCGGUGUGUGGUGAUGUACUGACCAAAAGACGGGUACCAACGUUAGCUUCCUCAUUAGCAUAUUGUCCUCUCUUGGCUUCUUGAACGAAGAUUUAAGGGUGUCGACCACCUCUGGUGCAGGCGCAGUGGUCGCUGACGAGAUUUCUGAAAGGCAUACUCGCCCACAGCGGGUGCAGCGGGAUGACGAAUCCGGGGUUUAACCUGGUUCUUCCUCCUACUGCGCUUCUCCCCAAGGCCUUCGGUCAGCGGCAAGAGCUGAUGACUGUUGAUGGUCAAUGUGUCAGAUAGACGCGGGCGGAGUCUUUGGACCUCUUUGGUGGAGAGUCCACCAUAAAGGCGGUCAUGAUCUCAUCCCGCCCCAUGGCUACAUGAUAUUUGAAAAAAUGUACUGAUUUAUAAUAAGUAUUCCAGUAGUAUUUUGUACAAUAAUUAAAGGAUAGUGAAAGCAUAUAUCAUAUAAGUGUCAACUCUGCUGUAACAGGACACACACACACAAAGACAGUAUGUGCCACUGUGUGUCAGACAUCAAGAUGGUGUGUGUGGUUCCUGUGAACACGGCGGUUGUGUAAGAGCCACAGGCAAUAGUUAUAUAAGCGUCCCCUCAUGUCCCCCCUCACCGUUGUUGCCCGCCUGUUAGAGUUCUGUUGCAGACUCAGACUGUAUGUGAGGGCGCGCACUUGUGUGUGUCUGAGAGUGCCAAUAAGGACGCGAAAAAGGUCACCUCGGUGUGUGAAGCAGCCUCUCCAGCAGUUGUACGCCAUGGCAGUGACCUUGAUUGUACCUUCUCUCAUCUCACCUGAUUUUGUUAGGCCAGAAAAAUGGACUCUUAAUAGGGAUCAUACUCUCAGCCACCGAUCAGUCUUUCUCAGGCAUUGUGCUCCUUCCAGUUUCCUUCACAGUGCGCAGGUGUGCCGAAACAAAAAUAUAAUAUCUGUCGUGUGGCACUCCAAAAUCUCUGAGCUAGCUUUUGUAUCCUUCCCCUAAACCAUGAUGUUGAACAAUCUUUGCUCUCAGGUCAUUUGACUGUUGUUUUGAGGCUACAAUGGUGCUACUCUUCACAGAAGAUACAAAGAGGAUAUGCAUAUGCAAGUCAAGGGUCACUGAGCUUACCAAACAAAUUUUGUGUUCCAAUAAUUAGUUUUUAAGGUAUUCAAAUCAAUACAACAAGACUGUCCAAAUUUAUGCACCUGCCUACUUUUGUUUAAGUAAUUAUUGCAGGUGCACCUACCGCAACCAUGCCUGUUUUGUCCCGUUCUCGUGGACCCAAUAUUUUUGUCUGUUGAACUGUGUGUGCCUUAGCUUGGCCACAAUAAAAGGCCAGUUACAUUACAGUAUAUGUAAUAAAUGGGUACAGUGCACAAUAGUGUUUCUCGGAGCCACACAUUCUGCCAGACAGGCUUAGACAAAUCAUUAGCAUUAAAAGUAAAGACUCUCAAAACAUUGUUCCCAGUACUAAAAUCACUUUUAAAAUGAAAAAAAUCCAGAAUAGUAGUAGUCCGACCUCUUUAUUAAGUGGUUUGUCUCCAUACAUUUGUCGUUAUAUAAGUCUGCCAUUAAAGGUUAUAGAAGAAAGGAGCGGAGUGGUUUAAUUUUAGAAAAGCACCAGCAGUUAUUGAAGCGUGCUGUGAAAAUGGAAGUCAUCAUGCAGAAGGUGAAGGAACAGAAAUAAAACAAUAGGUGAAAGGUAAAAUGAUGGAAACGGCAGCUUGGAACAGUCAGGUGACAAAUGUUAUCGCUGCAGAGAACUGAAUGUUCACAACUGUGUUUUUGCAGGUGUUACACAAUACCCAUGUUGAGUAACUGGACAAAAACCAGGAGUUUAGCAUUUUACAUUCAGUUUCAUGUAAUUCUGCAUGGGUCUCGACGGCAUUCAGUUUGAGUCUGUGUGUGUUGGGUAGCAAGUUACAUGUGUGUGACUGUUAAUUUAUUAGAUAUCCGUGUCUCGUUAUCUUCUUACGUAGAGCAGAGGCGGAGGACGCAGGAGAUCAGUCCCACAGCGCCUCUUUCAGCUCCGAAAAUGAGGCCCAGGGAGCCGACCCCGCUGCGUGGCAUUGCACCCCGCAACCGUCUACCUCACCUUCGGGGGAGACGCCAGCCAACCCUGCCCCCUCGCAGCCGGCUUCGAGGCCUCACACGGGGGCAUCGAGCCAAAGCCCCGCACCUCCCUCCACUCUGACAGGAACCAGGAAGAGACGCUCCAAACCGUCUCAUAUGAGACGCAACAUCAGGAAGUUACUGAGGGAGCAUCAGUUGGAGGCAGUGACCAAAGCUGCUCAGCAGGAGGAGCUUGAGAGGAGGCAACGUCUGGAGGAGCAGAGAAAGCAAGAUUUCCCCAUACCACUGCUGCCUGAAUAUGAAAGUGGUGAUGUACCAAAGCAUGUGUCAUCAUCAUCGCCGUCUGCAUCAUCCACGUCGCAGCAGGGGGUCAGACAGGAAGCGAUGGUCUGCCUGGACUCCGGUAGCGAUGACACCAAGGCUGAUGUACAUCACGUCUCUCGCACUGAGCACGUACACGGAGCAGAUCUGAGCCCGGAUGAGCACGAUGGCAUUGUCAGUAGAGACCCCUCCCACCACGAGAUAGUGAGCGAUCAAAGUGGCAUGCACGCAAACGACGACUUCAACUGCCCGGACGACCACGGGAGGGUGCUGGUCAACUUGAAUCACCAGCUGACAGAGGAAGACAUUUUCCUGUCGCCUCAGCUGGCACGAGCGGUCAAACCUCACCAGAUCGGCGGGAUUCGCUUCCUGUACGGCAACCUGGUGGAGUCGGUGGAGCGUUUUGGCAGCAGCAGCGGGUUCGGCUGCAUCCUGGCCCACAGCAUGGGCCUGGGAAAAACGCUGCAGGUCAUCUCCUUCAUUGAUGUGCUCUUCAGGCACACCCAGGCUCACACCGUGCUCGCCAUCGUACCUGUGAACACGUUGCAGAAUUGGCUGUCAGAGUUCAACAUGUGGGUCCCGCCCGCUGAAGCUUUACCCCCGGGUAGCGACCCCAACCUGGUGAGGCCUCGUACUUUCAAGGUUCACAUCCUCAACGACGAACACAAAAACACCACAUCCAGGGCCAAAGUGGUGGAGACCUGGGCCCGAGAUGGUGGUGUCCUCCUAAUGGGCUACGAGAUGUACCGCCUCCUGUCGCUCAAGAAGAACUUUGUGUCUGGGAGAAAGAAGAAGGGCAAGAAAACAGCAGGUCCCGUCGUCGUCGACCUGGAUGAAGAGGACCACCAGCAGAAACUGCUCAAAAGUAUCGAGAGAGCCUUGUCUCGGCCCGGUCCAGACAUGGUGAUUUGUGAUGAGGGCCAUCGCAUUAAGAACUGCCAUGCCAGCACCUCUCAGGCCCUGAAGAACAUCAGAACCAAACGCAGAGUGGUCCUGACUGGAUAUCCACUACAGAACAACCUGAUUGAAUACUGGUGCAUGGUGGACUUUGUACGGCCGGACUUCCUAGGCACACGCCAAGAGUUCAGUAACAUGUUUGAGCGUCCCAUUCUGAAUGGGCAGUGUGUGGACAGCACGCCACAGGACAUCCAGCUGAUGAGGUACAGGAGCCACGUUCUGCACAGCCUGCUGGAGGGCUUCGUACAGAGACGAGGCCAUGACGUGUUGAAGGACCAGCUGCCCUGCAAGGAGGAGCAUGUGAUCCUGGUGCGUCUGUCCCCGCUACAGAGGGCGCUCUACACCGAGUUCAUGAACCGCUUCAGAGAGGCGGGAAACACCGGCUGGCUCAGCCUAAACCCUCUCAAGGCUUUUUGCGUAUGCUGCAAGAUUUGGAACCAUCCAGACGUGCUUUACGAGGCCUUACAGAAGGAAAACCUGGCCAGUGACCAAGACUUGGACCUUGACGACAUCACCUCAGCUCCACGGUGCCCCACCGCAGCCAAUCAGAAGCCAAAACCUUUGGAAACUCCAAAUCCCAUUGGUGGACUGAGUCUCAACCAGUUACAAGAGAAGGCCAAUCAAGUCAUUACAUAUGAAUGGGCGAAGGACAUCAUGUGCGAUUACAAGCCUGGCAUCCUGGAGAACUCAGCAAAAAUGGCACUGCUGUUUCAUCUAAUAGAGGGGAGUGUCAGGAACGGAGAUAAACUUCUUGUUUUCAGUCAGAGUUUGUCCACUCUGACAGUGAUUGAGGAAUUCCUUGCCAAGAGACCAGUUCCUCCUUCACCUUAUACCUCCAACAGAAACGCACCAAGUCAGAACUGGGUCAGAAAUCUCAACUAUUACAGACUUGAUGGAAGUACAACCCCCUCCGAGCGAGAAAGACUAAUUAACCAGUUCAACGAUCCCAACAACACUUCAUCGUGGGUUUUCCUGCUGUCCACCCGGGCUGGGUGUCUGGGAGUGAACCUGAUAGGCGCAAAUCGUGUGGUGGUGUUUGACGCCUCCUGGAACCCUUGCCAUGACGCUCAGGCCGUGUGCCGCAUCUACCGCUACGGACAGAAGAAGAAGUGUCACAUCUACAGGCUGGUGUGUGACUUCACGCUUGAGAAGAAGAUUUAUGACCGACAGAUCUCCAAACAGGGCAUGUCUGACCGGGUGGUGGAUGACCUGAACCCUGUGCUGACCUUCACCAGGAGGGAGGUGGAAUCCCUUCUUCACUUUGCCGAUGAAGAACCAGAGCCCAGCCAAGUCCAUUUGGAGCAUCAGAACAGCAUGGAUUGUGUUCUCGUAAAGGCUUUGAGACUCUUUCCUCACUUAAUUACCAAGCAACCGUUCCCCCACGAGUCUCUGCUGAUUGACCGCAAGGAGCUGAAGCUGAGCGUGGCAGAGAAGAAGGCAGCACAGAAAGGUUAUGAGGAGGAGAAGAGAGCAUCUGUGCCAUACACGCGUCCUUCCUACGCUCACUACUAUCCGGCCAGCGACCAGAGCCUGACGAACAUCCCAGCCUUCAGUCAGAGGAACUGGCGACCGCCUCACCCUGAGGAGAACACGGUGGCCAAUGUCCGCUCAGUCCAGUCUACUCCAGUUCCCAGCAUGCCUCGCCAGGCAUCUGUACGCUCGGCUCCCACUAAAGAGUCGGCAUCUGGCCUUGGAGGCUUUCCUGUCAACUGCUUACAAAAAGCUGGAGUGUUUGUGCAGAAGAUCAUCACCACAACUGACAUGGUGAUUCCAGGCGUCAACAGCUCAACUGAUGUCAAGGCCAGAAUAACAGCUGGAGAGAGCAUCCAUGUCAUCAGGGGCACCAAAGGGACUUACAUCAGGACAUCUGACGGACGAAUCUUUGCCAUCAGAGCAGCUAACAAGCCUAAAACAUCCGAGGAGACCACUGCAACAUUGCACAAAGACUCCCAGGGCUCAGCAGAGCAGCAGCCAACUGAUGGUAGUAGCGGCUGCUUGUCACCUGACCGAAAGCAGCUGUUACCUCCCAACGACAUGUCCCUUCCCCUGUCACCUGACAGCCCGGUGAUCGUCAGUGAAUUACAGCGCUAUGUUAGCUCCACCACAGCUACGGGAAGCCAGUCAGAGGCGGAGGCUGUGGGCGACAUGGACACCUUGCCUUCAGCUAAAGCAGCCCCGAGCAGAAAUGUCAGCCACCACGAUGCCGGGGCGACAGUCAUCCAGCCCAACAUGGAUGCCAGCGCUGCACAAGACUUAAGAAUAAGCUCCAAGCGCAAAGCCUCUACUCCAUCGCUGGAUGAGCGCCCCAGCAAGCAGCCCCCGGCUGGCAAACACUCUGCAGCUUCUUUAUCCUCGCAGGCUUUCCCAUACCCGGCAGGUUACGGCCUCCCGCUGGGCUUCAACCCAGCCAUGCUGGGCGGCUCACUGGGACACCCGCUCCACAUGGGGGCGGGCUCGCCUUACUUCCAUCCUUCUCACACAUCACUAGGUGACCCAAGUUUCAUGCCCGAGCUGUUCGCUUUGGGCACAGCCCCCACUUCAUCCCCACCUUCAUCAACUUUGUCCACAUCCAGCGCCACUGUUGUGUCAUCUUCCUCUGCGUCAAAAAUGUCCCCUUUGACCCCAGGCGCCAUGCCGCCAUUCAUGCUCAGCCCCAGUCUGGCGGGAAUGGCCGGUAUGCUCCCACCAGGGUUCCCCCUCUCUUAUAGUCAUUCUCUGGCUAGCCUGUACCGUGGAUCAAUGCUCCCUGGUGGUCUUCCAGGCCCGGCAGCCACACCCGGUCCGGCUGGAGCUAGCUUCCUUUCGCAAUACACUUCAUCCUCCAGCUCCUCCUCUUCAUCCUCCACUUCAUCCUUCUCCCCAUCGGCACGGUCUGAAGACCACCGGGCCAGAGCUUAUGGUGGGAAGGUUAGCAGCCCCGGCAGCUCGGACGGCAACGACGAGGUUAUUGAAGUGAAUGGCCAAUGAAACAAGAUCACGCUUGAUUAAAUUAGCUGUCGUUGAUUACCUCACCCUCUGAGGUUACAUUAAAUGACGACAAAGUCUACUGCACAAGCUUUAAAUGCUGACCUAGUGACGUUACAACCUGGAGACGAAAACCUUCUAUGGGAAGGAAGGAAGGAAGAAAACUGAAGUAACAUUUGGAGCGUCCAUGUUUUUGUUCAAAAACUGGCUUACAGGGGGAAAAAAUAACUUCAUAGACUUUUUCUGCAACUUGUCUUAGAUGAAUAAAACAACACAGUAACUGUAGAUUUGGUAAGUUAGAUGGUUGUAGCGUUUAUUGUGCAUACAGUGGCAUCACACAUAGGGAUGGUGAUAAUCCAUUAAUGGUCCAUUAAAUGUGGAAUUGAAGCAAUUAAUGAAGUGCUUUACUUGGCUGCAAGCAGGAGAGGACUAAGUUGACUAAGUUGAACAAGUUAUAACUCAUAUCCACUCACACCAAAGGUCGGGUUAUGCUUGGAAUAUAUUGCUUGUACCCACAAGUAAUAGGAUUGGCUUGUGGCAUAUGACGUGAUUCAGUAAAACUUCAUUUGAAUUCAAUUGCAGAGGAGCUGGUGUACACCUGGGGCACUCUGACCACAGUUUUGAGGAUUAAUUACCCCCACUUUCACUGCCAGGACUGCUCUUGGGAAAUAAAAAAGAAGGGUUUGAGUAUGAGGUUGACCAGUUAACACCUUAAAAACUCUUAAUAGAAUGUACACUUCAUGAAAUGCCUUUAAGCUAGGCCUUUAAAGAAGACUAUUGAGACCUGAGAAUAUCACUUUCUCUUUCUUUUUUUUGUGUAUUUUUAAUUAUUUUUGUUACUUAAAAAAAAUGGGAAAAAAAUAAUAGCCUUGCCUAAUGACAGCCAGGUGAAAAACUGUGCUCUUUCUCGUAGCGGAGAAUGGAAAAAUGCCUUUUUAGCCGCUUAUCUCUUUCCUGAAUGUGAACGGUGAGAGGCAAUUUGUGGAAAUCUCACCCCCGCAGUCUUACUGUAGCCUAGUGACAAAAUGAUGCAAAAUACUUCACUCAAGCCUAUAUACUGUAUUUCUACAUGCCAAGAGGAAUCAUCAAGACCACAUCUUUUUGCUGUUGGUGGCGUUACCGUGUCUGUGUUGUGUUGUGUGAGGAGGAAGGAAGAAAGCAAGAAUUCACCUUUUGCUCUUUUGUUUUUUUUUGGUGGGGCUUUGCCAAAAAAACGGCACAUCCGCAACCUCCAUCGAAAUGGAUUGUGUCUUACGUGACCAAAAAUGAGUCAAUAUGUAAAAAUUCUGAUUAACUUUAACUUUGCAGGUAAGCGCUGCAAUAUACUGUAAUAAAUAAAACACCUGUUUCUGUCAACAGGUUGAAGGCAAAGGCUUCAAUUCAUCCCUGCUAUUCAUAUAGACGCCAAUUCAAUCACUUGUCUAUAAAGUGAAAGCUUUAAAAGCAGUCAGCAGAUUGUUUUGUGGUAUAGAACCCAUCUCUUCACAUCUGUAAGCUCAGUGUGAAAGAAUGGCGGAUGCGUUCUUCAUACUGAAAUCACUCGUUUACCUGUUUCAUUUUUUUUAAACAAUGUUUGAAUUGACCGAGGUAAUUUAUUUAUUAACAUUGAAUAUUUAUUCAUUUGUAUUAUUUUAUGUUUUGCGUUUUUUAAUGUGUAUGGUUAAAUGACUAUACGUAUAUUCAAGUUUGAAAGGAAAAAAAAAAUCAAUUAAAUGCAAUUUUUGCAUAUGUGGACCAACCAAUCGGUAAUAAUUAUUAAGACAGUUUAUGUGAAUAUCAAGAUUAUUAUGCUGAUAGUUAUACCAGUCAUCUAUGGUGUCACCAGGUUUAUACUGCAUUUGUGGCCAUUGGGAUCUCAUUAGAUCCCUUCAUGACAAGCCUCGUCCAAAACCUGCUCACAAGUGAAUAUCAUAAUAAUACCACUUAAGAUCAAAUUACUGUUAAUUGUUCCAGUUGUAAAAAGAUCAUUCUAGUGUUUUUUUUUGUGUGUGUAUGUUUUCAUAUCAGAAAUGAUGACAAGAACGUUUGUUUUGUGUUUGAACUGUUUGGUUGGCUGCUUGGCAUUUGCCGCAGCAACUGACAACUUAUUUCAGAGCGUUUUUCUACUUGAAUUUGCAUAUUUAUUUAUACCAAUCAAUGCAGACCGAUGAGCAGAGCAGUCCGAUUGAAGCUGCUGUCUCGGAGGACUGACUGAUCGGUCCAACUCUUGAUGUGUCGUGAAUCCAUGGAUUGAGUGUAUGCCCUUAAGUUACUUUUGAGAAAUAGUUGUAGUACUCUGCUUUUUUUUUUUUUUUUUGCUUUAUUUUUAAAAGUUUGACAAUAAAAAGAAACAUGUUCAAUAA